GUCCUUUCUCUCUAAAGCUUUCUUCAAUCAAGAGAUCAAAAACUUCACAGCAACACAGAGAGAGAGAUAGAAAGCACAUCAUCCAUUAAUCUUCUUCUUCCAAAGAUGUCUUCAGCUCCAACGUCAUCAAACACCACCGACAAUUCUCAGCAAAAACCCCAGGAAAGAAACGGACCACCUCCACGGCGUCGACAGGGGAGAAACCCUCCGCCUCCAACACGUACUCGGUAUCAGCAGACGACUCAGGGGGGCACGCAGGAGAAGAAGAAGCCUGUGUUCGUCAAGGUGGAUCAGCUCAAACCAGGCACGAGUGGUCACACUUUGACUGUUAAAGUCGUGGAACAGAACUCAGUUCCUCAGAAGCCAGGCGUUGCUUCUUCUCACCAAAGACCCGUUAGGAUCGCUGAGUGUCUCGUCGGAGACGAGACUGCUUCUAUUCUCUUCACUGCUCGCAACGAUCAAGUGGGCUUGAUGAAGGUAGGAACUACUGUGAAUCUCCGGAAUGCGAAGAUAGAUAUGUUUAAAGGAUCUAUGAGGCUUGCUGUUGAUAAAUGGGGUCGCAUUGAGGUUAUUGAGCCGGCUGACAUUGCUGUGAGAGUGGACAAUAAUUUGUCUCUUGUGGAGUAUGAGCUAGUCAAUGUUGAAGGAUGAUGAUCUCGAACCCUAUGUCUAAUUGGUUAUGUAUCAAGGGCCAGGAUGAGUGUUGGUCAAAUGAACAAGGGUGGGAGUUAUGUUUUGAUCUUAUGAUGUUGCAAGUUUGCUAUUUAUCCACCGGUAGGUUUAUAAUACUGAUCUCAAGUUGUCAAGUUGUGGAUGCUUUUGUAACUCUUCUCUCUGUUUAUGUUUGGUCUUUGAGGCUUGAACAGAGAAGUUAGUGAAAAAGAAUUUGUUAAAG